AUGGCCCGAAUAAAGAGCCCAAAGACCCCCACCAAAACCAAAGUCGCCCGUUCCACCCCCACCAAGUCCCAGGGUACCUCGAAUACGCCCAAGUCACGCACUAGAAGUACCAAGCGUCGUCGUCCAGAGGAAGACACCAGUAACACCUACUCGGACGAAAACGAAUCGGAAUCGUCUAGCUCCAGUAACAUCAGUGGAACCAGUAAGACCAGUAAGACCAGUAAGACAGGUUCCCGCGUCUCUUCCGACGACGUCUUGUCUAACGCCUCUACCACCACCAAAAUCACCUCCACCGAGAAGAAGCUAGAAAGAGAGAAGAAGCGUAUUAAGAGCAUCAAGUCGAAGGUAAAGGCCUUAAAGCGGAAGAAGGCAAAGGAAAAGAAGAAGAAGAACAAGAAGAACAAGAAGACCAAGAAGACCAAGGGUAAGAAAAUCAGACAACGAGCUAUCGAUAAGGCCAACGAGGAUAUGGAGAUCUACUCUACUCCUACCAAGAAGCCCAAAAAGGCUUGA